GAUUGACUUUAUCAGUCCAAGGACAUCAUCCGCCUGGAAAGGGGGGGAAGUUUGAUCCUCUUUCUCACGGAUCGCAGUCAACGGGAGUUUUUUCUCCCAACUCUCUUCGCAGAGGAUUUUCCCCGUUUGGCUUGGGUUUGGCUUUUUUUUUUUUUUUAUUCUAGGAUUUUUUUUUUUUCUCGCAAAAACGUGGUAAAUCUCGACGCGGUGUCUGCAGCGUGCGCGCUCCGCUAAACUGGAUUUUAAUUUUGUUUUCUGUUUUCUCCCCGUCUCCUAAGUUUGCUUCAAGCUCAUGACUAUGCUGCUUGAUAGCGGUCCGCAGUUUGCAUCGUUAGGAGUGGGAGGUUUCGGGGGACCGCGGCACCACGAGAUCGGCAACCGAGACCCGAGUCUGGGUCUGAAUCCCUUCACCGAUUCCCCCCACUCCGCAGCUUUCAAAAUCAGCCCCGUAGCUCACGACAUCGCCUCCAGCCAGACGUCAGCGUUCACCCCGCAAGCCUCCGGUUAUGCAGCCGCCCUGGGACACUCUCACGGCGGGCAGGUGGGCUCGUACGGACCGGGUGCGUUCAAUUCAACACGGGACUUUCUCUUCCGGAACCGGGGCGUCGGAGAGCCCACAGCGCCGAGCGCCCAGCAUGGGAUCUUUGCAUCUUCGGCGGGGAGCCUCCACGGGCCGCCGGGGCUCACCGAUAACCCCGGGCAUCUGUUGUUUCCAGGACUUCACGACCAGGGGGUGAGUCACACUUCACCGAGCGGACAUGUGGUUAACAGCCAAAUGCAUCUUGGCUUGCGCGGGGACAUUUUCGGAAGACCCGAUCCUUACCGUCCGGUCGCAAGCCCUCGGACGGACCCCUACGGGGCUCAGCUCCACAACUACAACCACCCCAUCAACAUGAACAUGGGAAUGAAUGUGCCGACACACCACGGUCCGGGGGCCUUCUUCAGAUACAUGAGGCAGCCGAUCAAACAAGAGUUAUCCUGCAAAUGGAUAGACGAGAACCAGAUGAACAGACCCAAAAAGACUUGCGAGAGGACUUUCAGCACCAUGCACGAGAUGGUCACGCAUGUGUCCAUGGAGCACGUCGGCGGCCCCGAGCAGAGCAACCACAUCUGCUACUGGGAGGAGUGCCCGAGGGAAGGGAAAUCUUUUAAGGCCAAGUACAAACUCGUCAACCACAUCCGUGUGCACACGGGCGAGAAACCGUUCCCGUGCCCGUUCCCCGGAUGUGGGAAAAUAUUCGCCAGAUCGGAAAAUUUGAAAAUCCACAAAAGAACACACACAGGUGAGAAGCCGUUUAAGUGUGAAUUUGAUGGCUGUGACAGACGCUUCGCCAACAGCAGCGACAGGAAAAAGCACAUGCAUGUGCACACAUCAGACAAGCCAUACAUCUGCAAAGUGUGCGACAAGUCAUACACACACCCCAGCUCUCUCAGGAAACACAUGAAGGUACACGAAUCUCAAGGAUCCGAAUCCUCUCCAGCAGCGAGCUCCGGAUACGAGUCGUCCACACCGCCGGUGCUGGUCUCAGCCAGCACCGAGGACCCGACAAAAACACCGCCGUCAGCCGUGCAAAACACGUCUGGCCACAGCGAAGGACUGGCACCCAACUUUAAUGAAUGGUACGUUUGAAGCCCGGGGAGCGAGCCCUCCCCUCAAAGUGGACCACUGGGAUGAGGAGAAAUGAGGAUAAUAUUAAUUAAAAAGAAACGUUAAAAACACUAUUCCUGUUCACUCUAUAUACACACACACACACACACACACACACACACACACACACACACACACACACACACACACACACACACACACACACACACACACACACACACACACACACACACACACACACAAAUCACACAUCAUCUCUCUCCCACACACACAUACAUACACACACACAAAUUGGAUUGGGACAAGAACAACAACAACAACAACUACAACAACAACAGGAGAUGAGAGCAAAAGCCAGCAGCACGCAGGCCACGUCCGUUCUCAGGAUCACGAAAAAUUUGAUUCCACGUGUUUUGAGGAAAUCAGGAUAAACCACGAAGAAAUAAAUAAAUAAAAAAAAACCUUAAAAAAAAAAAACGUAAUACUUUCUCAGUAUAAAUAAAUGGGUUUUUUUAUCUUUUAGUUUACAGAUUUCAGAAGAAGAAAAUUUGUUUUAUUUUUCAUUUUAUGUAUUUUCUCAAAUUUUUAUUUAAAAAAAGAAUAAAAAAGGAAGAUUAUUUCAUGCUGUUUUAUAUGACGGUGACACGGCUGCUGUCGCCUGUUCGAUUGAUUGUUGGAACUUCAAACAGUCUUAAGAAACGUGCCAAAGUCUUUGUCAUGAACUUGAACACAGAAAAAAAACAUCAUAAAUAAAUAUUAUACUCGUGAAUGUAUUUCCUUGUUUGAUGGGGUCGAAUCUGUUGUCAACGUCCGUUUUCAGGUGGAGAAAUGUGGUAUUAGGUUACGAUUGUUACCGUUGAAUAUAACGUUGCCUUUUGUUAAUACCGUUGUAAAUACAUAUCCAUGAUGCCAUAUUUAUCAAUUUGUAAUUUAAUUAUGGGUAUAAGUUCUGAAACUUAAAUGAUAUUUAUGGAAAUGUUUUCUAACAAGAACUGUACAGUUUUGGUCAUUAACAUUGAACAAAUGAUAAACUCUAAAGCUCCAACAUCGCGAUUGUAUCCUUCUGUUUUUUGUUUUCUUUUUCUUUUUCUUUUUUAACCAAUAGGCCUACAUGUGUCUUAUUUGGAUCGAAGAAAUCAUCUAUAUGAAUAUUAUGGAUUUGUCUAUAUAUAAUGCAGAUAUUUCCGUCACUUUUAUUUUCUUUAUGAGACCAUUGACAUGUAAAUCAUUGACUUUGUAGAACUGAGUUCAGUUGAGCUGAGAAGCUAUAAAACGGUUCUGUUGAUAUCUUUAUUUUUGGUUAAAAUUUAAACUUUUCUUGUGUAUUUUACUUUUAUAGAAUCAGAAAAUAGAUGUCAAUUCGUAGCAUAAACUCAGUACUGGAAAAAAAAAGAAGAAGAAUAAACCCAUCAGCCUAUUGCACUCCUACACAGGUCUUAGGCGAGCGUGUGAAGGUCAUGAUUUCCAAAUCAAGGUGACACUAUUUUGAGUAUUUCAAAUUCGGGUCAUGCACCCAACUAUAUGCGCCAGUAUGGCACUCUUUAUAGUUCCAGCAAUGUCUUUGUGCAAGUAUGUUUAAAUGUGUGCAUCGGCAACAAUGGAACUGUCACAACACAGUAUCUUCAAAAAUAAAAAAAGUUUUUUUGUCCGUCAGCUUGCAUUGUUUUAAAUGUAAUUCUUCUGUGAAACUAAGCGUGUUACUUGUUGUGGUGUUGCAUAUAGAGCAGUUUGAUUACACAUUUGCUUGUUUUGUGUGAAUAACUUGUCAAAGAUGACAUUUUUUGUGUUUAACAAAAAAUUAGUGGAAGGAAUUCUAGAUCUAUGUGGGUUGGGGGGGGGAAAUACGUUUAGUGGUAAAAAAAAAAAAAUGAAAAGAAAAAAAAGCAGAGUUACAGCAUUGCAUUGUAACCUAUUCUCAAGAAUUAAAUAUUAUGCAUACACAAAGUAUAUUGUACUCAUAUGAGAACAAUUUCAGACCACCAGCACUACUUUUAAAAUAAAAUGUAAAAAAAUGGUACCUCGUGACAGUGAUAUAUGAAAUAAGUUUAUUUAAAUAAUUUAAGGAAUAUAUGUUUUAUAUGCUAUUUUCUAUACCUUAAUUUAAAAGAAGUACUUUUUCUUAUUCCCACCACCUUUCUGCCCCAAUGUCCAGAGGUCAGAGGAAAAAAAAAAAAAAAUCUGAUGUAUAAACACAGCUAGAAUGUGAUGUUGUAACACUUUCUGGGAGAAAUGGGUCACACUCCAAGUUAUUCCUGAAGAGCAAAAAUGUUUUACUGAUGAACUGUGUCACUGUGCCACGUUGAGGCAAACCAUGUUACAGCAGCAGGCCUAUGCGUUCAGCUUAUUCAGCGACCAGAGGCAAGAGGUUCCUUGUACUUUUUAGGCUACUGUAUGUUGGUUGAUUUGUUUUACCAACUAUUUAUGAAGAAAUGUGAACGGAAAUUUUGACUGAAAUUAAAAAACGACAUUAUGAAAAGCGA